CUCGCGAAGCAUGUCCGCGGAAAGGGACGGUUCGGCCAAGGGGACGGCUUUGGGGGCGAUUUAACGUUUCGGCGACGGCGAAAUGGCGUAGUGCAGCAUGAGGUGCCCGAGAGUGUUGACCCUGAUGUGUCUGCUGGGGCUGGGGAGCCCGCAGAGGCCCAACCUGGAUACGAGGAGGCACGAUGUCUACAUUGCCGGAUUCUUCCCGUUUGGGAAGGGAGUGGAGCAUUCGGACACAGGUCGCGGAGUCAUGCCUAGCGUCAAGUUGGCCUUGGACCACGUCAACGAGCACUCGAUCCUAAGCAACUACCGCCUGCACAUGUGGUGGAACGACACAAUGUGUAAUGCCGCCGUGGGAGUCAAAGCCUUUUUCGACAUGAUGCACAGCGGCCCCCACAAGCUCAUGCUCUUCGGGGCGGCGUGCACGCACGUCACCGACCCGAUCGCCAAAGCGUCGAAGCACUGGCAUCUCACCCAGCUCUCCUACGCGGACACGCACCCGAUGUUCACCAAGGACAGCUUUCCAAAUUUUUUCCGAAUAGUGCCGUCGGAAAACGCCUUCAACUCUCCAAGACUGUCGCUCCUAAAAGAAUUCAACUGGACCAGGGUCAGCACAAUAUACCAGAACGAACCGCGCUACUCCUUGGCGCACAACAGAUUAGUGGCCGAACUGGACACUCUAGGAUACCAAGUAGUCGAAACUCAAAGCUUUACCAACGAAGUGACCACGGCUUUGAGCAAGCUCAAGGAGAAGGACACGAGGAUCAUCCUGGGGAAUUUCAACGAGAGGUGGGCGCGGAUGAUCUUCUGCGAAGCGUACAAGCUGGAGAUGUACGGGAGGAAGUACCAGUGGGUGAUCAUGGGGACUUACAGCAACUACUGGUGGCGGAAAAACGAAACCGACGGGAAUUGUACCCUGGACGAGAUCGAACUGGCCUUGCAGCAAACUAUUCUCACGGACCUACUACCUCUGUCGACUAGUGGGGAGAUCACGAUAUCGGGAAUUACAGCAGAUGAAUACAAGCUAGAAUACGACUCUCGCCGCGGCCCCGAAUACUCCCGAUUCCACGGCUACACCUACGACGGCAUCUGGGCCGUAGCCCUCGCCAUCAAGAACGUAGCCCAUAAAAUCCGAGUAAUCAAACGAAACAUGACAGUUAGCGACUUCCGCUACCACGAUCCCAUCUGGGAGCGACUUUUCCUAGAAGCCCUUCGCAACACCAGUUUCGAGGGCGUCACCGGACCCGUCAGAUUCUACGACAACGAACGCAAAGCCAGCAUCCUCCUCAAACAAUUCCAAGACGGCAUCGAAGUGAAAGUGGGUGAAUACAGUGCAGCCACCCAGCACCUAGACCUCACCCUCGGAGCGCCCUUGAAGUGGAUCGGAAAGCAUCCCCCCAAAGACAGGACGUUGCUGAUAAUCGAACACACCAGAGUGAACAAGACGGUGUACGCCAUCUUGGCCACGUUAGCGGUGUGUGGGAUCAUAAUGGCGACGGUCUUUCUAGCCUUCAACAUCAAGUAUCGCAAUCAACGCUACAUCAAGAUGUCGAGCCCUCAACUCAAUAAUUUGAUCAUCAUUGGGUGUAUCUUGACGUACACGAGUAUUAUUUUUUUGGGAUUGGAUUCAGGUCUGUCGAGUAUCGAUGCGUUUCCGUAUAUUUGUACGGCGAGGGUUUGGACUUUGAUGGCGGGCUUUUCACUGGCUUUUGGUGCUAUGUUUAGUAAAACCUGGAGGGUGCACUCUAUUUUCACCGACGUCAAACUCAACAAGAAGAUCAUCAAGGAUUAUAAGCUUUUCAUGGUGGUGGGGGUGUUGUUGUUCAUCGAUUUGGUGAUUAUGACGACGUGGCAAGUCGCUGAUCCGUUCUACCGGGAGACUAAGCAGCUAGAGUCCUAUCCUCACCCCUCGAGUGAAGACAUCUUCAUCAUUCCCGAGAACGAAUACUGCGCCUCGGAACGCAUGACCAUUUUCGUGGGCCUCAUCUACGUGUACAAAGGUAUCCUCAUGAUCUUCGGCGCUUUUCUCGCUUGGGAGACCCGACACGUGUCCAUCCCGGCCCUCAACGACAGUCGCCACGUGGGCCUCUCCGUCUACAACGUGGCCAUCAUGUGCAUCUGCGGCGCCGCCGUGGCCCUCGUCCUCGUCGACCACCAGGACGCCCUCUUCUUGAUAAUCGGCGUGUUCGUGAUGUUCUGCACCACUGCCACCCUAUGGUUAGUCUUCGUUCCGAAGAUGCUCGAGCUGCGCCGAAACCCCGGCGGCUCCAUCGACAAGAGGAUAAGGGCCACGUUGCGCCCCAUGUCCAAGACCCGGCGGGACUCCAGCGUGUCCGAGCUGGAAACCAAGCUCAAGGACGUCAAGGCGCUCAACUCCAAGUACCGGAAGACCCUCCUGGACAAGGAGUCCGAGUUACAGAUGUUAAUCAGGAGGUUGGGCAGCGAGGCGAGAGAGAUCCUGGACUCGAGGACGGACUCAAUGAGCGACACGAACCGGCUGUCGGUGCCGCUGCUGAGGAAGGAACCGCCGAGUGCGACGGAGACGAGCGACAUUACGUCAUUGUGUAGCUUGAGCUCACAAGAUUUCACGUCACUGCAUCAUGCAGACAGCCAGAAGAAAAAGAAGAGCCCCGUGACCGAGUCCCCCAAGCCCGACAAGCUGGAAUCGAACGCACAACCCCCGCCCCCGAAGCCCGCACAAACCGACCCGCCCAAGCCCACCCAGAACGGAGACGUCUCCUCCGAGAAGCCCGUGGAUAGCAACUACAACACCGUCAAGGAGCCCCCAGAGCCCGAACCGCGCAAGUCCCCCGAGCUCAAGAAGCCCGUCGUCAACAAGACGCCCACCCACGAGCGGCGGGCGUCGCGCGUCGUGGAGCCGGACGCCGCCCCCGAGAAGCGCCGCAUGAGCAUGAAGACGGAGGUGUCCGAGCACGACGAGGUCUGCCACCGGCGGGUCUCGGUGCCCAGCAACCGCACCACCCCCAAGAAGAAGCCCGAGUGCGGGACCCACGUCGUGGCGAAGAGCGAGCUGUGGGACACCGGUAGCCAGCACAGGUGCAUGAAGGGGCACCAGAAGGCGAGUCGGGUCAGCAUCUCGCAGGAGGAGGAGGACGCGCACAUGCACAGGUCGGUUUCGGAGCGGAAUAGGCACUCGCAGAAGCGCGAGAAGUCGCCGGUGGCCAAGAAGGACGUGAACAUUUGCAACCAGCAGUGCAACAAGCUGGGGUACUUUCAGUCGACGCCGAACGUGGCGGCGCUGAAGACUUCCACGUGUCCACCGAAGAGGGAUAAGAGCAUGUACAACGCGACUUCGGAGAGUGAGUUGUUGGACAGGGAGAUUUUGCCUAUUUUCCAGAAACUGUUAACUGAGAGGAAUAAGAGUCAGCACAACAUCGAUUACUCCUUUGGUAGGUCAUGCCCAAACAUUUCGAUUAAGUGCGACAUCGUAGAGUAUUUGUAAGAGUGGCACUGUGUUUCAGCCUAAUGACCCGCUUUUUAUACUAGGUGUUUGUUUUUUUUCCCUUUCAGUUUCGAAACAAACACUUGGUGUAUGAGAGACUAAACGACGAUCUCCUCAUGGUUGUGUUAAUAUUAGUGCUAUAUGUUGUAUAAUUCUAAAUUUUAGACUAUUAAUGUUAACUAUAACAAUAAA